ACCAACAAAAUCACCAGCAUCACCAACAACAACACCACCAACAACAACAACAAUGCCAACAACAGCAACAGCAACAACAACGCCAACAACAGCAACAACAACAUCCUCCAACAGUUCCACAGCAAUCAGCUCCACUACCAGUGGUACCACCCUGUCAACAAGUACCAACACAAAAGACUCAACACCGGCAUCUAUCACCAAUAGCACUGAACCCACAUCCUCAGAAAUUCCAACAUCUACAGAAGCAUCCUCUGCCACAGCCGAAACUUCUACUCCUUCCUCAACGGUUAUCACAUCAUCAUCUGUCACUACAACAGUACAACCUACUACUACUUCAUUAGCAGCUACGUCUACAUCACCACCCAAGACCAUUCUACUUAUCAAUGAGUUUACCUACAAUGGCCUUUUCUCAAAUGAUACAACCUAUGGUGAUAACUUUAGUGUAGAAAUUAGACGGCUGGAGGGAGACGCUACCCCCAACAUGACGGUGGUGGUGUCCGAUCUGAAAAUGAAGUGUGCUGCUGUGGUCCAGGUAGAUUCUGCUGCUUGGAAUAACAACCUGGCAUUUGAAACAGCACAUUUGACACCAGCAAACAGAAGAGCGGUGAUUGUGUCCCUCUACACUUCUGUUAAUUGGACAAACUGUACUGAUGUAAACAUGACAGGUGUUGAUCUACUAGAUGCUACCAUUGUCAGUCAAGACCUGGUCAACACAACGACGACCAGCAUACAAUUUGUUCCUGAUUAUUUGUCAAGAAUACUCGUCGCUCAAGUCAACAGAAGUAUCCCACAGGGAGCCAACUUAUCAGUUGUUCGUUGUGACCACACACGACUGGACCCUGGUUCCUUCAUAAUAGCGCCCUCCACAUUCAACCACAACAACUCAUGUGACCUUAACCAAAAUGUUACACUCAAAACGAUCACCUUGAACUACACCUGUGACCAAUGGAAGGAUGAAAAUACCACGAAGCUGAUCAAUUACUUUGUGAAGGAAGUUGGUUGGAGAUGUCAGUGUGGCUUCUCCCCAGUCUAUAUACGGAAUGCUACAGGGAACUGCACACAGACUACUACCACCACUAUAAGUUGGUCCAUCCCCGAGAGGUUUGAGUCUGUGUACGACAAUGUUGUCAAUGCUACAGACUGCAUAGAGAACGAAACAUCCGAAAAGCUGUGUCUUGCUCGCACAUGUCACAACUGCAACAACUCCAAAAAGGUCGACCCUCAGCACAAGGGUAACAUAAGUGUGACAGUCGGCGUUGUGAUUGCCUGCAUUGUUGUUUUCCUCAUCAUUGUUGCCAUAGUGAUCCUGUACAUCCGCAAGAAGCGCCGAGGAAUAUUGCAAUUCCGUAUGACUAGAUUAGACGAGGAUGACGAUGACCUGAUGAUGUCUAACGACACGGAUGACUUUGUAGGUGGUCAGGAAGCUAGUUUCAGCAACUCCAGCUACACACGCUUCAAGUAGUAACCACAAAUCUCACGGAGUAUGUCCUGGAACACUGCCUUGGUCAUGUCCAAUCAAGGGAGAUAACUGGAAUGACACAAUGUGGAAUUGUGAACCAUAGAGUUACAAUCUCACUUGUAUUUAUCAAUCAAUCAAUGUAUGAAUGUCUUGCCUUGACAUUUUGUAAUGUUGUAUUUUGGUUGUAUCCGAAUCAUUGUCUAAACAAAUUUUUGUUAUACAGAAUGUAUAUGUUUAGCAUAUUCAGGGAAUAUGUUGAUAUUUCAUAGGUGUUGUGAUAAUUCUCAUCAUGCCGUUGUCGCACGAUAGAACAAUACUACUUAAAAUGGUGAUUAACAUCUAAAUUGUAGAACGUUUUAGUCAGUUUCUCUGUUCACAAACCAAUACUACUUAAAACUGUGAUUAACAUCUAAGUUGUAAAACGUUUUAGUCAGUUUCUCUCAUUCUCACAAAAACAAUACUACUUAAAACUGUGAACAUUUAGAUUGUAGAACAGUUUCUCAGUUUAGAGGUUUUGAUAGUAAUGUCCUUGUUUUUAAACCUGGAACUAUGUGAGCUGGUUGUGUACGCAGCGAUUACUGCACACAGGCAGCUGAUUCUGUAGAGCAUAGCAUGCCUUGGGGCAAAUGUUUCACCCAGUCAGCAUGCUGAUCAUAAAUUCUAAGAUCUCUAAUGCUCAAGAAAGAUUUUGAUUGGGUAGUAGAGCUUCUCUGCAACAUAUCUGAUGAUUUGUUGAUGAUUCUUGAGUCUCACCUGCCUAAUAGAUGCUGGGUGUUUGGGGAUUUUAAGAGACAAGGUCUGUAGGAACAAAUGCCACAGGUCCUCCGUCCAUCAGGUCAUCUGUGUGAUCAUCAAUAUCAGGGUGUUUUCUAUUCUAAAGGUUCUUUGGGAUAUAAAACAUUUUGUAUGGUAAAAUAAUGAUCUGGUAGUAUUGUAUUUCUUGAUGUUUAAAACAUUUCCUGGAGAAUACAGUUUGUCAUGUUCAUGGCUCCUCCGUCGUCACUUACACUUUUGGCAGGUUGUAAAUUUUGUUUUCAUUUAAUUUUAUUUUAUUGAAACUUUAACAAGCUACUGAAGGAAAGUGUUUUGGACAGGACGUGAUAUUUGCUGCUGGAGGAAGUACAUUCAGUCAUAUCUCAGAGUGAUGGACCAAGAGGUUGUAUGUGCAAUACAUAUGACUUUAUCUUAUCCUGACUCAUACACACGAGAAUAAGAAUGAGUCAGGAUAAGUAUAAAUUAUAUUUUACUCUAAAAAAUACAUAUUUUAUCUCAUCCUGACUCACACUUAUACUCGUGUGUACGAGUCAGGAUAAGUAUAAAUGAUAUUUUUACUCUUAAAAAAACCCAUUUUGUAAUAAAAUAACAUUACUCUAUUAUUUUAUAAAUUAUAAUAUUUCUGGUCAGCGUUCUUCCAAGGUACAUAUUAGGCAUGUUGAACGAGGGGAAACUAGAUGUUUUACACUGACAUUUUUAUAUGUACUCAAACUCAUUAAAACAGAUCUUAGCGCUCUCUGAAACUACUAAAAUACUUGGGCACUAAGAUCUGAUUUUAAUGACAUUGCACAUGUGCUUCAGUAGUCAUGGUACUUGAAAUGAUAAACUGUAUCAGAAAGGAGAAAGAUUUACAGUAAUUUUUGACUGCCAUACAGUGUGAUCUCAUGAGUCUUGAGAAAACUUCCAUGUAUCAUAUCGUCAUGGUUAUUGCUCCAUAAUGUGUAUGGUUGAAUUUCAAUACUGUCCUAUGCUCUAAGAUGGCUAUGACAACUAGGUGGUUUUUAGAGGUGUAACGAUAUGGUGGGGUCUUUGACAAGUUGAUAGUUUUGUCUUAUUGCAAGUGAAUCACAACCCUGUUAUUAAAUUUCAGAGGUCAAAGAUGGGAUAUUGUAGGGCUGAAACAUAUUGGUAUGGGGCACUGGGAAUGUUACGCUAUGUAUGUCCAACCAUGAAGUACGAGAGAAUCUGCUUAAGCUGGUGGCUGAUAAGUUUUUGUUAUUACAGUGUUUCCUCGUUAUUCGACCCUUCAAUAUAGCGCUAACUCGGUUAUAGCGCGCAGUAAAGCAUGGCUCCAUAAUUUACUAACAUUUUUAAUAAACUCAUAGAUCGUGUUAGGUAGGCAGAGCAUGUAUACUGUUUUGUUGGUCAUCUACCACAUACGACUCAAGCUUCGUUAAACCAGCUGAUCAUCUAUAACGCUCAUCAAUUAUUUGGACCCCGAAGGUAGCGUGGUAGCAAGGGAUCACGGCAUUCACAUGAUUUACACUAAUAUGACUUGUAAUAAACUGCAUUGUAUGUGUUGCAAUACAGGGCUCGUAAAUCAAUGUAUUGUAUCAUGGCGCAGGGGCACGGGUGGCCUAGUUGUCUAAGGCGCUGCGAUUCACUGUGCAGAGUUGCGUCCCUUGGGCACGCCAGAAAGCUAUGAUUGUGGGUUCGAAUCCCGGU